AUGGUCGAACAAGAAGAAUCUAAGCGUUUCGCGCCCAAGGUGGCAGUCGAGCUCAACCCGCCUAAAGACGACCCUAUUUCCGUCGAGGAAUUGGCCAAAUGCGACGGUUCCGAUCCUAGCCGCCCGACUCUGGUCGCCAUCAAGGGCGUUGUUUUUGAUGUGACCCGAAAUUCGGCUUAUGGGGCCUCGGGUUCAUACCGGGUCUUCGCCGGCAAGGAUGCCUCCCGUGCUCUUGCUUCAUCCUCUCUCAAACCCGAAGACUGUGUACCUGAGUGGUAUGACCUCCCGGACAAGGAAAAGACUGUCUUGGAUGAGUGGUACACUUUCUUCAGCAAGCGGUAUAACAUUGUCGGCAAGGUCGAAGGCGCUAAGAACACUUAA